GUGCCGUAAAGAGCAGAAAAGCUGCGCCAGUAAAUUUACGAAAAGUACGAGAAAGCGUGAGAAUUUUUACAGAAUUAUCAUUUCAUGGCCCGGUUGAGUGUUCAUGGACCUGUGUCUCUGUUUGAGAUUAUAAAAUAGAUUUUGAUGCAAAACGAUACCGUUGAUAACGUGACAAAAUCGUGAAUACCAACCGCCGUAAAACAGGCAAAAGGAACAGACAAACGUCAGUGGACGCGCUGAAAUUCAAAAUUAGAGGAGGAGACUGAAAGAGCAGAACAACAAGAAAAGUAUUUCCGACUUUCUGUCAGUUAGAUUCAAUUUAUUGCAACACUAAGUCCGUGCGGGCUUUCUUCUCGGCUCAGUAUGGAGGCUGGCCAGGACAACAGUGGUAACCUCAGCAUGAAGAGACAGAGAGCUCCUCUGUCAGAUUCUGAAGACAACGUCGUCACGUCAGAGAUAAAUGAUGGCCAGAAACGGAGACGUCUUGAGGCGCCAGGUGUUGAGAACCAAAGCCCUAAACCAUCCAAUUCGGGGCGCAUCGCUGAGCUCGGGAUUAAGGCGGAUACACCAAUAGUUCCCUCGAUCUUCUCGCGAGUCCAACAGCUCACCCAGAGAAGAGAGGGAGCUCCACCCACCCAGAGGUGCCUGUCAGACCCAGGUAGUGACAGCAUAACUAGCAUUCAUGACCAGGAUGUCAAGGCGCACCUUCUUGGUGAGACGGAGUUCAACCAGCGACUUGAGCGAUUUAAAGUACCGGUGUUUGAGCCUAGUCCCACGCAAAAUUCUGCAAGCUGCUCUCGAACUCGCUCCAACUUUGUAUCUGACAUCCAUCAGAAACUCCAGGGCGACACCACACCGAGCUCCAAGCAGGCUUCUCGUAUGCGACAGGAACGGGAGCAGGAAUUGAGCAAGUUGCAAUUCCAACCAAUCAGUGAGAACGCCUGGCUGAAGAGGAGCAGUUCUGAUUCCUCAGUGACGCAGGUUAGGACUCCUCCUGGUUCUUCAUCUCCCUCAUCGGUUCCUAGAUCUAGAAGGAGAGUUCAGUGGCCUCCUGUACAGCCCUUGGAUGCUGAGAGUGAAGCAGAGAUCAGAGAUGGAAGCUUCACUGAGACUUUAUCUUCAGUGGCUGAUCAUUCACAGACAGUUACAAUAGGUGGGAGAGCAGCUCCUGACCCUGAAGCCCCAUCAGUGUCUGUAGGUCAGCUGCGGAUGCUGUGGAAGGAAGGAGUUGAGGAGGACAAAGAUCACAGUGUUUUGGUCCAAAAUGAAGAAAAAAUGCUUGUGUCUCAACAACAACAACAACCAGAGACUGUAGUCAAGUUGUCUUUUGGUGAGGAUCAGAAAGUGUCAGUCGAGGAGGCCAGACUGCUAGAGUUAACCCCCACUGACAAGUUGAACAAAAAAGACACCAGUGGAGAGAUCGAUUUAUUUGAAGAUAGUGACCAUCAGAUGGACAGUUCUUCAUGUGACGAGGAGAUGAUCGAGCCGUCAACGGAUGAGGAGUUAAAGAUGUGGAGGUAUCCCAAUUACGUGAGGCAUGAAGAGUCCGUUGUAUCAGAAGAGGAAGAGGUGGAAGAAUUAGCUGUAGGGAGAGAGGAGAAAGGAGAGGAAGAAGUCAGUGUUUUAGAUCAGAGUCAAGUGUCUGUAGUCCAGAGCAUGGAAUCUUACUUGGGUGACGUUUCAACUGAGAUCCCUAGUUCUUGUGAGGUACCGAAAGAUUCUUCACUAUGUAGAGAGCAGGUAACCACAGAGUCCUGUAAUGGAUGUAAUCAGGACAUGAUUAAUGGAGAUGAUAGUAAUGUUACAGUAUCACCAGAUCAGAAGGACAUAGAAGGAUGCACUGUGGAGAAUGACAAAUGUUGUGAACAGUCAGAAGAUACGCAGACAUUUACCGAUGAUGAGAAACAGACAGAUCUGUCUUCACACAGCAGAGAAGAGGAGAUGUCAAGAUGUCUCACUGUAGAUGAGACUCCAGACGAAACCCCGACAGUUGAACUAGAUCUUCAGAAAAAUACUGGAGACACAGUGCAUCCAACAACAGAUAAUCUAAUAGACAUUUGUGAUGAUCCAUCUCUUUGUCUGACAAAGUCAGAAGUGACAGACACAGUGGCAGAAGGAAUUGAUAAGAAAUGUGAUUGCUCAGAUGAUUUGUUAGUAGAAAGUUGCAAAGCAGAGGAGGGAGAGAACUCCAAGAAAGUUACUUUCAUGCUGGAGCCUGAACUGAUCAGUGGUUCAGGCCUGUGUCAGGCCAGCACCUCUGAGGAGCCCAGAGCAGAGACGAGCCUGUCAGAUGUUGAACUGAGCUCUCAUGACGACACCAACACUAAUGAAAUCAUCGAUCAGAUGUUCGAGGAGGUGCUAGAAUACGCUGGCAGGAUGGAGGACCAGAGACGGGGAGGAGAUGAGGACGCGGAGGACGGUGAUAGUGGCAUAGGUGCGUGCAUGGGAGACAAAGACAAAAUGGACACUGAUUUUGAGAAGGAGCCAAGCGAAGAAGAGGGCGAGGCCAAAGAGGAGUGUGAGGAGGGCAACGGAGACGAGCUACUCACUUUCCCUCCCAGCGGCAUUCUCUCACCUCUGAGCAAGUCUGUGGAGGCCGUGGUCACCCCGCUGCGGUUAGCAGCCAGCCAGGAAUCAAAUCCUCCAUCUCUGCUCCUGACUCCUGAAGAAAACCCCGCCCCUCCUGUUGAAUCUGCUCCUCUCUACAGUGUGGAUGCCUAUCGCACACAAAGACAGUGUAAGAUGCCCACCGCUCAGAGCGCCACACCCGGCGUACAGAGGCGAGCUCCAGAUAAGACGCAGCCUCAACGUUCUGUCAACACCAAGGAGAGAAUCACGGCUCUUAAUGAGGAGGCAGGGAAGCUGCAGACUGUGAUCAACCAGACCCUGCAGGCUCUCAGCUGCUGCACUGAUGAGGAGCACGGGCGAGGCUCACUGGAGGAGGCUGAGGCAGAAAAACUUCUGCUGGUGUCUUGUGAGAAACGCUCAGCUCUGCUGGCAGAGGUUUCCAGACUGAGACAGGAGAGAAACUUAGAGUCUGGAGAAGCAGCAGGAAAUGACGAAGAGCAGGUUUCCCAGCAGCCCUGCAGAGGGACUGUCAGCAUCACUAACAUCCAGCUGCCACUGAAGGUUGAAUUUGUCUGUUCCUCCCACAGCCGGACAGGUCGACCGAGUCACUACUUCUUCAUCCUGAUCCGCUACGGGCCCUGCAACAUCAUCGCCACCCCACUGGCCACAGCUGCUGAUGCUCAGAAUGGAGACACUAUCUCCUUCCCCACAUCUGUCACUCUGAAGGACAUCCGCUCAUCAUUUGAGAUCGAUGUGGAAGUCUACAGUCUGUCCCACACUUCAGGUGGAAACUGCAGCACCGACCGCGGCACCACCAAGUCACGGGUUACGCCAAGAAAGUUACUAAACACCAUUACAAGAUCCAGUAACACUCUGACAACUGCUACACUGCCUGCACUCAACACCAGACGCUCCAGCAACUUUUGUCUGGUGGGCUCCCAUAAGCUGACCCUGACCUCACUGGGGCACAGCAAGUUUCCUCUGGAUAAGAUGAAACUUGAAGGCAAAAUCAGGAGACUGCUGGGAGAUGAGUUUCAGGAAAAGGUGCCCUUUCUCUCUCCUCUAGAGGGCAACAUCUAUUUGCGGUUGGACAGCCAGGGUCACUCCAAUGUGCAGCACCAAGGAUUCCUGACGAUGUUUGAGUUGAUCAGUGGAUACGGGGUGUGGCAUCGCAGAUAUUUUGUCCUGGAGGAAUGCAGCUUGUAUUACUGGAACCACCCUAACGAUAAAGAAACCAAGAGUGCAGAGGGCUCCAUCUCUUUGUCCGGCUCCCUCAGUCAGUGUGUCAGACCCGUCAAGAGGGACUCGUGUGCUCGACCUUUCACCUUUGAGUUGGUCAACAACGUUCCUCAUCAGCAGCAGGAUGAGAGCCAGGAAGCCUUAGCCAAGUGCUGGUUCUCUGCUGACACCAAAGAAGAAAAACUUGACUGGAUGGAAAAGCUGAACCAGUGUCUUUUGGACUAUCAAACCUGGAACAGAACCCCGGCUGCUCAGACUGACAGUCAGCAGUCGAACACCAGCAGCGGGAACCUGAGAGAGAGCAUUCUGUGAUUCCGUGACCAAACUGACUCACAGAUUUAAAUCUAAUUCUUACAGUGUUGGAGAGGCCUGUGAUUGGCUGCCUCUGUUAUAGCGUUAUAGUCAAGCUGCCAAAUGAAGAUUGUAUGACGAGGUGAAUUCAGAUAAGGGAUAAAUGUUGGGAGAGUUUGAGUUUAUUUUUUUUAACCUGAAUCCAAUCAGUCCUGUUGGUUUUUUCCUUUUAUUUGAUAAGCUACAGUUGCCACUUUUUUUUUUAGUUUUUCAGGAUUUCUUGAUUUCGUGGAAAUCAGUUUUUAUUUCAGUUUUUUUUUUUUACAAUGGCAAUCAGCUGCUUCAGCCGUCGUCGGCACUGGUAUAGUCACUUUCAGAAGGUAAUGGGAAAAAGUCUAUUAAAUAUCGUGACUUAAAUAU